CUUCGCUCGGCGGGGCAGGGCCCGGCGCGGCGGGGCCCAGUGGUUCCCGGGGCCGCCCCGGACCUUGCGCUCCAUGACGCGGUGCCGCCGUUCUCUCGCCCGCCCCGCCGGUCUUUGGCCCCGGGGCGCGGCACCCCCAGUCCCGUGGUGCGGCGGGGAGGAGGCGAGCGGCGGCCGGCCCCGUGUGCGGAGCAGCAGCCCCCCGGCAUGGCCACGCCGCGGGUCACCGAGAGCACGGUCACGGUGCAGGGACAGACCCUCUUCUACCGCCAAGCUGAGCCAGCCCCGGCAGUGCCGAAGCUGACCGUGCUGCUGCUGCAUGGCAUCCGCUUCUCCUCCGAAACCUGGCUGCAGGUGGGGACGCUCGCCACGCUGGCCGAGAACGGCUACCGAGCCGUGGCCAUCGACCUGCCGGGGCUGGGGCGCUCGAAGGAUGCUGUGGCCCCAGCACCCGUGGGCCAGCCGGCACCGGCGGCGUUCCUGAAGGCAGUUUCAGAGGCUGUGGACUUGGGUCCAGCUGUGGUGAUCAGCCCAUCGCUCAGUGGCAUGUACUCGCUGCCCUUCCUCUUAGAGCACAGCCAGCUGCUCAAGGCCUAUGUGCCUGUGGCGCCCAUCUGCACUGAGAAAUUCACGGCGGAGCAGUAUGCCCAGAUCAAAACCCCCACGCUGAUCGUGUACGGGGACCAGGAUGCAGAGCUGGGGCACACCAGUCUGAACAACCUGCGGCACCUCCCUGAGCACCAGGUGCUGAUGCUGCAGGGUGCAGGGCACGCCUGCUACCUGGACAAGCCCAAUGAGUGGCACCGUGGACUCCUGGCCUUCCUGCAGCAGCUCAAGUGAGCAGGAUGGGACCACAGAGCAGGAGGAUGUGGCAGCCCACCCACCCCUCUGCCUGCACAUGCACCCUUGUGCCAACACUGCACUAGCCCACACCAGCACACACAUCUCUUGAGACCAAAUAAAACACCAAGCUCUGCCACUGC